AUGGAGGCCCCCACGGGUGCCGGGAAGACCACCGUGGUUCCCUUAGCCUUGCUGGAUGGCGGCAUGGUCGACGGCAAGGUCAUUGUGUUGCAACCGCGGCGCAUAACUUGCAUCAGUGUUGCUCGGCGCAUGGCAGAGCUUUGGGGGGAAUCCAUUGGAGAGACGAUUGGUUAUCGGAUCCGGCAUGAAGCCAUCGUGUCCAAUCGGACGCGUAUCGAGGUGGUCACCGAAGGUGUGCUGCUUCGCCUGCUGGGCCAGAAUCCAGAUUUGGAAGGUAUCGGUUGCAUUUGUUUCGACGAAUUCCACGAACGUAGCAUUGAGUCCGACCUGGCCUUUGCACUAUGUCUACAUUUGAAGCGACAAAGGCGUUUGGCCGCGCGGCUGGUCAUCAUGAGUGCGACCUUUGGCACUUUGGCGGAGCAGGUCUCUGGACUCUUGGGCAAUGCGCGGACCAUCAUCAGCGAGGGGAGGUGCUUCCCCGUGCAGGUUCUGUACACCGGCGCCUUGCGGUUGACCGACUGGGAACCGCAAGGUCCCCGGCGAUUUGCAGAUCUCGUUGCCACACAGGUGAAAAGCGCCAUGGAGGAGCACGAGGGCGACGUUUUGGUCUUCGUACCCGGCGAGCGAGAAAUCAUGUAUGUGUGGAUAGCUUUGAACAACAUGGGCGUGGGGGACGGAGAACGUCCCAAAAACUUGGUGCCCUGGGCGCAUCGGCUUAUCGAUGAUUCCAAGGUCGAUUUGAGCAAGAAGAUUCAGGUGAGUCCUUUGUAUGGAACCAUGGAGACCCACGAACAGGACAGCGUGCUGAAAGCCCGCGAAGGUGAUUUUGGCAACGCCUAUUGCCGAGUCUUCCUUGACAGUGUCGGUAACCUUGGCCCUUCAUUUUACGUGUUUCAUACCGCGCGGUCCAUUACCGCUACAACCAUGAAGUUUCUUCAGGCCUGCAGUGAGCGACAGGACGGGUCAAUUUUUCGGGUCAAUGACAGGGGAGAGCGCAGUCUCUCGCAGCACGAGGUCAGUCAAGUGAGCCAGAACCGAGUAUCCAAGCGCGAUUCAUUUGGCAUGUGCGUCGUGCGCGAUGACACGAAUUGGGAUGACGGCGUGACUGCAAAUCAGGCGCCAGAACUGAAAUGGUCAGAUGCGCAGCUGGUAGUGGCGCGCUAUGAUGAAGAUCUGCGCUGGUUGGAUGCUUUGCCGGGGACACAACCGGGUCCAUAA